AUGAAAGAAGCCAUUAUUGACAAGACUGUUUCGGUCAUCAUCCGUGAUGUUGACAUCCCCACUCCCAAACCCGGCCAGGUCCUCAUCCGGGUAGUAGUGUCCGGUACCAACCCGAAGGACUGGAAACGCCCCAAAUGGCGACCAGACAAUGCCAUAAACCAGGGAGACGAUAUCGCGGGGUAUGUGGAGGCAGUGGGAGAAGGAGUCCGCAGCUUCCGCGAGGGAGACAAAGUGGCCGCGUUCCACGAGAUGGGCAGCCCCCAUGGAAGUUAUGGCGAAUACGCAAUUGCAUGGGAAUACACGACAUUCCAUCUCACUGAGAAGACCAGCUUUGAAGAGGCUGCUACUAUCCCUCUCGCUGCGAUGACUGCUGCAUUGGGCCUAUAUCAACGGCUGAAAUUGCCUCUACCUUGGGCUCCCGCCGAUAAACCGACUCCGCUGGUUGUGUACGGCGGUGCUUCGGCAGUUGGCGCAUUUGCAAUCAAGUUCGCUCAGCUAUCGAACAUACACCCUAUCAUCGCUGUCGCAGGCAAAGGCGCUCCCUUCGUCGAGACAUUGAUCAGCAGAGAAAAGGGAGACAAGAUCAUUGAUUAUCGUGAAGGCGAUGACGCUGUCUUGUCGGCGAUUAAGGCUGUCGGCAAGGAGACACCCAUUCAUCAUGCCUACGAUGCCGUGUCCGAGAAGGGAAGCUAUGUAACUCUCGGUGCUGCUCUCGAUGCACCUGGGAAAAUCACUGUCGUCUUACUUGCGGAAGCUGAUAAGGCGCAGGAGCAAAUUAGCAUCUAUCGAACUAUGGUUGGGUCUGUUCAUAUGCCGACUGCUGAGGGCCAGACUCUUGGUGAUGAAGAGUUCGCGGCUGCUUUCUUCCAAUUCAUUGGUCGAGGUCUGGCACAGGGUUGGUUCUCGGGCCACCCAUAUGAAGUGAGAAAAGGUGGACUGGGAGGUCUCGAGGGCGCCUUGAAAGAUCUGGAGGCUGGCAAGGCAUCUGCGGUGAAGUAUGUGAUCAAGAUUGCCGAGACUGAGGGAGUCCAGCAGUAG